CGAUAUAUAUCCCACUCCGAUUCCAUCCAUUCCACACAACAUGUUUGCCAGGUCUAUACGGAGGUACUCGUACCAGGCUCAGCUACACAAUGCCGUCGAGAACGUGAGCGUGCUAUUGGAGAAGUCCGAUAGGUCGUCAUAUUUGCUUGCUCAGUAUAUCCCUGAGCCUGCCAGAAAUGCGUUUUUAGCAAUCCGUGCCUUCAACCUCGAAAUCAACAAGAUCGAUGGAGGAAACAGUCCCGGAUCGGUCUCGGCCAAGGCAUCGCAGCAGAUGUCUGGAUCCUUGGGCGUGUCGACCGCUGACUUGAAGUUCAAGUUCUGGAGUGACUCCAUCUCCAGAGUGUUCACUGACGACUCAGACAAGGACUUGGGAGAGCCCAUUGCCGUGUUGUUGCGAGAUGCUAUCCGCAACGACUUGAACUUGGACAUCACAUACUUCCACCAGUUUCUCCAAACACGUCGUCACUUUUUGAAGAACCCAUCGUUCAGGACGGUCGACGAUAUCUGCUCCUACGGAGAAGGCACAUACUCCCAGCUCAACUACUUGACCCAGGGACUCCUCCUCUCGCCCUCGAUCCUGCCUUCCGCAAUCAACUUGCUAGAACACUCGCCUGAGCUCCAGUCGCAGGUGAGUGACAUUGCAGCCCAUAUCGGCCAGGCCACUGCAGUCAGCUCCAUGAUUCUUGGGUUAAAAUACUACGCAACCACCCGUAAUCUGGUGUCUAUUCCAAUCGACUUGAUGACCAAAUUCGACUUGUCCCAGGAGGACUUGUUGAGAAUCACCCAGGGCCAUAUUAAGGACGAGGACAAGAUCAAGGACAUCCGCGAGAAAUUGAAGAACGUGAUCUUCGAGACGGCUAUCACGGCGAACGAUCACAUUCUUAGUGCCAGAAACAAGCUUGCCAAGGUCCAGGAAUUGAUCGUAGACGUGGUGAAAUCUAACCCCCGUGAUGAACAACUACAAAAGCACUCCAAGAAAUGGAGAAAAAACCUCCCUGAUGUUGUAUUCACACCAUUUAUGGUGGCAAUUCCCUCGACGUUGUACUUACAAAAACUUGAAAAGCAUGACUUUGACAUCUUCCACCCCAAAUUGGACCAGAAGGAGUGGAGAUUGGCCUGGACUUCCUUCAAAAACUACUACCAGAGAAAUAUCUAACUGAGGCUCAACAAAAAACUGCUGCUGGAUAGGAGUAACAACACCACGAUGACAUGUACAUAGUUAAGCAACGGGUACUCCUGCCAUUAUCUGUAGAGUUGCAAAAGCCACCAGUAGGAUGUUUUUUAUCACGAGAACUACGAAAAUUAUCGAACAAGUAGAGGAAUCAACGAAAUUGCUACCAGAAGGGAUUUAUAGAAAGGUGUCGAGAGAUAUGAGAAGUAUCAAGCAUACACGAGAACAAACCUCUUCCAGAUGGUAAUUAUAAUUAGAUUACGGACACUUCAGAAAUUAUUUGAAUCCUGUACGUAGAACAAACUUCUUUUAUAAUUAGAUCACGAAACAUGGAGAUUUAUCAGCCGUGUACGUAAACUAACUGCUACUUGAUGGAAUGGAUGUAGUAAUUGAUAAAGGAGCACGAGGAUAUGCCCAUUCUAAA